AGACUCGUCGUCAUCUCGAUUGAUUUUCCUCUGUAGAAAGAGAGGUGGUUCGAAGGAGAGGACGACAGCUGUGGUGCCCAGUGGAGGACCCAAACCGCCAGAGGUGCCAAUGGGAGAAUACGCGACAUCUGGGGCCACAACUGCGGUGCAGAAAGCUCUAGAGACUGCAAAUUCGAGGAAAUUGGUGUUCUUUAUGGAUGGAGGAAGAGGAGUUUGAUCUCGAGGAUUUGCUUAGGGCUUCGGCCGAGGUUUUGGGGAAGGGGACGUUUGGGGAGGCGUAUAAGGCCGUGCUUGAAAUGAGGAUGGUGGUGGCUGUUAAGAGGCUGAAGGAUGUGAAUCUGAGUGCGAGGGAGUUUAAGGAGAAGAUUGAGGGGAUUGGGGCUAUGGAUCAUCCUAACUUGGUGCCUUUGAAAGCUUAUUAUUUCAGUAAGGAUGAGAAGCUGCUAGUUUAUGAUUUCAUGCCAUUGGGAAGCCUUUCAGCAUUGUUGCAUGCUCACAUCAGGAGUCGCCGGAGUUCCCACCUUUUUUAUGGAAAUGACGACGUUGAAUCCAUCGCAACUCACCUCAAAUUCACCAGCGCCGUCGAUUCGAUGCUCUGUCAUUUGCUCGUCACCAAUGUCGUCAAGAUCUCAAUGUUUUUCACCUCAUGAAUGGAUGUCAGGAAAGUUUCGUUUCUAAUCAUCAAGGAAAUGUUCUUCAAGAUGUCGUUGAAAGAAUUUGGAGGGAACUAGAAAAUUUU